UUCGAAAACACAAAGCGCGGCAUUCCCACCCUUUGAUCCCGAUAAUCAAAUGACAGAUUAUCUACCUAACCCUGAUUAAUAAUUACUGAAAUGUAAGAAAUAGACCAAAAAACUUUUUUAAAAUGUCACAACGUACGAUUCCUUCGAGUAAAAGUAAAUUAUCAUUCACUAAUAAUCGACAAUUUCAUUAUUGAAUGUUAAUUAUAAUUGUACCAGUUUUGCAUGGACUUUGUAACAAAUUAUUCUGUGACUGAGUAUUUAUCAAUAAUAAACUAUUCGAGGGAUACAAAUAUUAUUUUAAGAAAUCUCACAAGUAAUUUUUUAAAACCAAUUUUUGAUAUCCUUUCGACUUUUAAAGUCAAGUAGAAGUAGUUAAUUAUUGAAAAACUUGUUUAUUUACUAUGGAAGUAAUUUAUAAUUUGUUUUUGUGCAUAAUUUUCGUAAAAAUAUCCGAAGAGAAGUUGCUCGUGAGUUAUGGAACGUUUAUUUGUACGCCAUCAAAAGACGAAGUCUGCAUAGCAAUAAGACAAUGUCCUUAUUUCAACGACCUUCUUAAUAACAGUCCGAUUCCACGUCCUCGAAAUGUAAUAGCACAAAUAAGAGAUCGUCAGUGUGGAUUUAAAAAUAAAAUUCCUUUCGUUUGUUGCGAAAAAUCUACUAAAACUCCCGAAGAGGAUACAAUAAAGACAAAGUUAAUAUCAACUGCUAACCGAAAUGCAUUCACCGAUCCAAUCACUAAUCAUCCAAACUAUCACUUAUUACCCAAAGAUACAUGUGGAACUAUAAGUACAGAUUCCAGGAUUACUAAUGGGCAUACUGCUGGAGUUAUUGAAUAUCCAUGGAUGGCUCUAAUUUUUUAUAAUAGUUCAGUUUUUAUUCCAGAAGGUGUAAUAGAUUUUAGAUGUGGUGGCACGGUAAUCAAUGACAGAUAUGUACUCACUGCAGCACAUUGCAUAAUCAAUUCAUCAAUUGUUGGAGUGCGAUUGGGUGAAUAUAAUGUAAAAUCGCAAGUGGAUUGUGAUGAAAUCACUGGAUAUUGUUCUCCCCCAAUACAAGACUUCUUAAUCGAAAAAAUAAUUGUUCAUCCUGAAUACAAUACUAAAACUUUUUCCAAUGAUAUCGCUUUAAUAAAACUCAAAGGACCUAUUACAUUUAACAAUGAAAAUAUUCAGCCCAUUUGUUUACCAAUAGAAACACCAUUAUCCCUGCGGUCAGGGAUUGUAUCUGGAUGGGGAGUUACUGAGGACGGAUACAAAACUGAAGUAUUGAUGAAAGUCCGUAUACCAAUAUUACCACUUUCACACUGUAACCGACUUUUCCAAAAGUCAGCUUCGCUUUCGAACAACCAAAUUUGCGCUGGAGGACGUAAAGGAAGAGAUUCAUGCGGAGGUGACAGUGGAGGACCUUUGCAAGAAGUGGGAGAUGUGAAUGGUGUUAUACGAAUUAUGCAAUACGGGAUUGUGUCAUUUGGACCUAAAAAUUGUGGAACUGAAGGUAUACCAGGUGUUUAUACGAAGGUAUCCAGUUAUAUGGAAUGGAUAUUGGACAACUUGGAAGAUUAUUAAUCGAUAGAAUUUUUUGUCUUUAAAGUUAUUGUAGCAAUUUGCCCUUUGAACUGUUUAUAUUUGGACGGAGCGGACAAACAACUUUGUUGAUAAAUUCUGGAUAAACUCAGUUUUUCUUUAGAUGUCUAUUUUUCUAAUAGCUCCCAAGAAUUACUUCAGAUGAAUUUAACGACAUAAUGUUUGUUUGAAGUACAAACGAUUGAUUAUUUUAUUUUUAGCGGCUACUCUUACAUAAGAGUUGUACUUCAAUCAUUGGUAUCUGCGUAUUCAUAAUCAAUAUGUUGCUGUUACAAAUCCGCUCAUUUUUCAAAAUUUAUGCGAAAACAUCUCGUUGAAUGUAUUGUUGAAGUCGUGGUGGUUCAUAGUAUGAUAGUAUAUAUAAAGUGAAACCUCCUCUGAAGAUAAUUCAAGGAAGCAUAAUUCUUUUUUCGCUUAUAGAGGUUCCUCACUAAUUAUAUAGAGGUGCAGUAAAGGUGUGUCUCACUUACAGAAGUCAAUUAAAAAUAUUCUAAACAUACAGGUAUAAACAAGAUAAAUAUAAUUUAUUAGAAUGUUAAAUUUACAAAUCAAGGAAAUAUGUAAUUUGGUUUAUUUAAAGAAACUUCUUACUUAAUUAUUAGUUAUCUGCGUAUGUUUGUCUCAUUCAUGAAUUUUGUCAAGUAUAGACUUAUCAAUAACUGCUUCGUCUCUAAAGCUUCUUCCUUUUUAGAAUUUUUUCGAUUUCUCUACCUAAAAUUUAUGAUUGGUCAUCAUCAUCAUCUUCACUUUCAAUUCCGUCAGUUACACAAUUCUGAAUGAAAUCUUCCCCGAUGAAUUUUCCACCAGUAGCGACAUCGUCGUUAAUCCUUGUAAAAUCAUCGAAAGUUGAUAUUAACUCAAAAUAAGUCAUUUCAUGAGGUACAAGCUUGGCCAAUUCGUCAUCACCGGGUCUAGCUUCAACAUCAAUCUUACUGUCCUCUGACAAAAUGUCUUGUUUAUUGUUACAAAAUCCAGCUUUCUUGAAACAAUUUUUAACGGCAUCACUACUUACUGCAUAUCACUCUCUUCUUGCAAAUUUCAUUGCUAGAAGUAUGUUAAUAUCAACGCUAAUGUUUUUGUUCAAACAUUUAAGAGUAAAAUUAAAAUCUUCUCUACGUUAAAAUCGUUUGAAUGUAGAGUAGAUAGAUCUAAAUGUUGAAAUUUAUCGUGGUAUUAGCAUGUAAGUACCUAACAUUGACGUCAACUAGAAUAGUAUUUCAUUAAAUUAAAUAUUCUGGCAAAUUUGUGGAAAAUAAUUUAAGAAAAGGCAUAUUAAUACUAUUUAGUGAUAUCCGAUAAAUUUAAUGGCUGCUACAGUACAAUAGUGGUAUGUACUGUACUGUAUUUUGAAUGUCUUACCCUAAAAUUACUUUUACUGUACAGUAUUACUUGUGCUACAUUUAAAAACUUUCGCUCCCUUGGUACGCACUUUAUACACACAAUUGUAUGGUUUAAGAUUUAAUAAAAUAAAAUAAACUGCCCUUAUCGGUAUUUAUACGAAUUUUGGUAAUGAUACCGUUUAAUCCGAAAUGGGUCUGGUCUAGGGCUGGGCAAUUAUCAAAAAAUAUAAUCGAUUAUAUAAAAUAAUCAAAAAUAAUCGAUUUAUCGAAAAUAGUCGAUCAAUCCAAAAUAAUCAACUUUCGAUUAUUCGAAAAUCGGAAAUAAAGCUUCAAAAGAACGAUUGUAGUUUGAUUCCUACAAAAAACAAGAUAAAGAGCGAAUAUACCACUAGGAAUAUACAGAAGACAUUAUGGUUUGAUUCCCAAUAAAAACAAACCAAAUAAUGAACCUACAGAAGAUAUUUGGAAGUAAGAUUCUGAUUUUGAAUUAUGUUGAAAUAAUUAUUCAGAAAAUAAUUUUUUUAAUCGUUAAAUUGAUUAUUAUAUUAACGAUUGUACGAAACUUUUUAACGACCUCAAGAUUAUCUUGCCUCAGCCGCAAGCGGUCUCGAUAUUAUUCGAAUAUUUUCGAUUAAGCGGAUUAUCGGUACUCCAGUGUAUCAAGUUUUCAUAAGCCCUCCAAUUAGCUAUUACUGGCUGAAAAGAUUGGGACUCCCAAGGAUUGAGAUUUUGUUUCAAUAGCGGACCAAACUUAAAACGAUAGACUACAUCUAAGGAAAGAGUUCCAAAGAAAGCAAAAAAACCGCGUUUUCUGGCUAAUAAAGUCAUAGCCAUAGUGUUUUGGGAUUCCAUAGUACUUUAUUCAUUACUUGGAAUGAUGCAUAACUAUUUUGAUGAAUAGAGUAUAGUACAAUCACGACAAUAGGCCUGCACAUUCUCCCGCUAUCGUUGUAGAGAAAUUAUGCAAACUGCGUUAAGUUUUAUUGCGUUAUCAACCAUAGUCACCUAAUCUGGAUCCAUCUGAUUACUUUUCUUCCUAAACUUUUAAAAAUGGAUUGGUGAAAAGCGCUUCAUGACAAGUUUAGAGGUGACAGCAGACACAAACGCGUAAAUUACGAACCGCCUAGAAAAUUAUUUUUUGGAUUGUUUGAAAAAUUUGUUGGACUAAUUGUUGGUAGGAGGUAGUUUUUAAUUCUAGUCGGAUAUGUUGGAUAUUAGAUAACAAAAAAAGAUUUCUUAAAAUAUCGAAAGAGCCUUAUAAUGUUGUUUUAGUAUGAAUAUUGUCAAAUAUAUUAGAUUUCCUAUAUAAAAUGUAGUUCUGAACUCCAUUAUUUUCAGGACAAAAGCAAGAAAUUGUAAUUUUGUAAAUUUGUUAUAAAAUGUAUCGAUUUGUAAUAAUUAUAAUAAACAUAUGCCAAUAAAA